AGCAGCAUCCAUGGGCUGCCUUUCGGGUUAACACUUGUCUCCUGUGGUUUCUGCAGCGCCGACAGCCGACCUCAGCAGCAGCAGCCUUGGGAGGACUUAGCUGGGACCUGGAUUCCUAACCCUCCUGUGUUUUUUCUCGGACUCCUUGGAAAUUAAGGAAUGCAAUUCUGCCACCAUGAUGGAAGGAUUGAAAAAACGUACAAGGAAGGCCUUUGGAAUACGGAAGAAAGAAAAGGACACUGAUUCUACAGGUUCACCAGAUAGAGAUGGAAUUAAGAAAAGCAAUGGGGCGCCAAAUGGAUUCUAUGCAGAAAUUGAUUGGGAAAGAUAUAACUCACCUGAGCUGGAUGAAGAAGGCUACAGCAUCAGACCUGAAGAACCCGGCUCUACCAAAGGAAAGCACUUUUACUCUUCAAGCGAAUCAGAAGAGGAAGAAGAGUCACACAAGAAAUUUAAUAUCAAGAUUAAACCAUUGCAAUCUAAAGACAUUCUUAAGAAUGCUGCUACCGUAGAUGAACUGAAGGCGUCGAUAGGCAACAUUGCGCUUUCCCCUUCACCGGUGAGGAAAAGUCCGAGGCGCAGCCCGGGUGCAAUUAAAAGGAACUUAUCCAGUGAAGAAGUGGCAAGGCCUAGGCGUUCCACACCAACUCCAGAACUUAUAAGCAAAAAGCCUCCAGAUGACACCACAGCUCUUGCUCCCCUCUUUGGCCCACCAUUAGAAUCAGCUUUUGAUGAGCAGAAGACAGAAGUUCUUUUAGAUCAGCCUGAGAUAUGGGGUGCAGGCCAACCAAUUAAUCCAAGCUUGGAGUCGCCAAAGUUAACAAGGCCUUUUCCCACUGGAACACCUCCACCUCUGCCUCCAAAAAAUGUACCAGCCACCCCACCCCGAACAGGCUCCCCCUUAACAGUCGGACCAGGAAAUGAGCAAUCAGCCACAGAGGUCAAACUUGAAAAACUACCAUCCAUCAAUGAUUUGGACAGCAUUUUUGGCCCAGUUUUGUCCCCCAAGUCCGUUGCUAUCAAUGCUGAAGAAAAGUGGGUCCAUUUUUCCGACACAUCCCCGGAACAUGUCACUCCAGACUUGACUCCAAGGGAAAAGGUGGUAUCCCCACCAGCUGCAUCAGACAACUCAGCCGACUCCCCAACUCCAGGCCCUCCUGGCCCCCCGGGACCCCCAGGCCCCCCAGGGCCACCUGGUCCUCCUCGCAAUGUACCAUCGCCGCUCAAUUUAGAAGAAGUCCAGAAGAAAGUGGCUGAGCAGACCUUCAUUAAAGACGAUUACUUAGAAACAAUCUCAUCUCCUAAAGAUUUUGGGUUGGGACAGAGAGCAACUCCACCUCCCCCACCGCCACCCACCUACAGAACUGUGGUUUCAUCCCCUGGACCUGGCUCGGGCAGUGGUGCAGGGACCACCAGUGGUGCAUCAUCCCCCGCUCGGCCAGCCACCCCUUUGGUGCCCUGCAGCAGUACCACUCCUCCUCCACCUCCUCCCCGACCUCCGUCUCGGCCAAAGCUGCCUCCGGGAAAGCCUGGAGUCGGAGAUGUGUCCAGACCUUUUAGCCCUCCCAUUCAUUCUUCCAGCCCUCCUCCGAUAGCACCCCUAGCCCGGGCUGAAAGCACUUCUUCAAUAUCGUCAACCAAUUCUUUGAGUGCAGCCACCACUCCCACAGUUGUGUCAGAAGAUGAUGUUUUUUCUGACAAACUGCCCUCGUUUGAAAGGCGCUGUGAGACGCCUGCAGAGAAUGAACAGCCUUCCCUCGUUUGGUUUGACAGAGGAAAGUUUUAUUUGACUUUUGAAGGUUCCUCCAGGGGACCCAGCCCCCUAACCAUGGGAGCCCAGGACACCCUCCCUGUUGCAGCAGCCUUCACAGAAACGGUCAAUGCCUACUUCAAAGGAGCAGAUCCAAGCAAAUGCAUCGUUAAGAUAACUGGAGAGAUGGUGCUGUCCUUCCCAGCCGGCAUCACCAGACACUUUGCCAACAACCCAUCCCCAGCGGCUCUGACUUUCCGGGUGGUAAACUUCAGCAGGUUAGAACACGUCCUGCCAAAUCCCCAACUUCUCUGCUGUGAUAACACACAAAGUGAUGCCAAUAGCAAAGAAUUCUGGGUAAACAUGCCAAACUUGAUGACUCACCUAAAGAAAGUAUCUGAACAAAAACCCCAGGCUACGUAUUACAAUGUGGACAUGCUCAAAUAUCAGGUGUCAGCCCAGGGCAUUCAGUCCACGCCUCUGAACCUGGCGGUGAACUGGCGGUGUGAGCCGGCAAGCACUGACCUGCGCAUAGAUUACAAGUACAACACGGAUGCAAUGAGCACGGCCGUGGCCCUCAACAACGUGCAGUUCCUGGUCCCCAUAGACGGGGGAGUAACCAAGCUCCAGGCCGUGCUCCCGCCGGCUGUCUGGAAUGCGGAACAACAAAGAAUAUUGUGGAAGAUUCCUGAUAUCUCUCAGAAAUCAGAAAAUGGGGGGGUGGGUUCUUUAUUAGCAAGAUUUCAGUUAUCUGAAGGCCCAAGUAAACCUUCCCCAUUGGUUGUACAAUUCACCAGUGAAGGAAGCACUCUUUCUGGCUGUGACAUUGAACUUGUUGGAGCAGGGUAUCGAUUUUCACUUAUCAAGAAAAGAUUUGCUGCAGGGAAAUACUUGGCAGAUAACUAAUAAAACCUUAUACAAGGAUUUGGAGGAUCCAUUUAAUGAAGAACUGUUGUAUGAGAAACAGGUUUUAAUUUUGGUUUGGUGCAAACAAACCAGG